AUUCCUUUCUACAUCGGCCGAACGAUUUCCAAUUGCCGACUUGGGACAUUGGCGUGAAAGUCCCGACGUGAUUCGCUCAGUGUAAUUAAGGGGAAACCCUUAGCUAAGCUAUACGAUUUCGGAUUUAUCACUUGUCAGAUCUCAGAAACUGCUAGAAAGCGAAGGAGGCUAGAAAUGGACAAGGAUCUCUUAGAUAUCUCUGGAGGAGACGACGAAGACAACUGGCUUCUGAAUAAUACUCCGAAGAAAGUUAAUUCGAGCCGAGGAAAGAGUUAUUUGAAUUGCUCCCCUCUCCAAAUCCCUAGAUCGAGUCGUAUCGUUCCUACUCGGCCUCCUUUUUCCCCAAUUGGAAGAGUAACAGGCAACAACAUGGAGCAGCCAUGCCCUUCUGUUGAUACAGAUAGUAUCGGAAAGGAGAAUUCUAAAGUCGAAUUGCCCAAACUGAGUGUGGAGCGACAACAGAUGAAGAAGAAGAAAAAGAAUGCAGGAUUUAAUUUGCGCAAAAGCUUAGCAUGGGAUAGAGCGUUUUCAACGGAAGAAGGUGUUUUGGAUUCAUCUGAGCUAUCUAAAAUAACUGGAACUGCUUGUCAUAUUGGUGGAGAUCGGUUACCAGCCAUUCCGGAAGAGUUCAGAGAUUCCGUGUCUGCUUCCAAGUGUACUAGUGUUUCACCAGGACUACAAGCACUUGAAGAAAACUUAUUUGACGAUUUGCCAGUGAAUAGUAAAAACAGAGAGAAGAAGUUUGUGAAUGGCAUACUGCCGAAGUACGCAUCACCAUCUAAAUCCCAAUCUUCCAUGGCCCAGAAAAAAGUUAUCUCAGCUCAGGAUUUGAGGAGUGGUUCCAAGCGCAGUGGCUGUCCGCGGCCUCCUCCUUUAUCUUCCCUGAAAAGACCUGCAAAUGUGCAUACAACAACAUCACGUAGCAGGGAUCUGAAUAUAUCUAAAGUUCCUACCACCAAAUCUGACCCAAUUACAGUUGCAAACAGUUUGAAAAGGACUACUCCAAGUCCAAGCAAAGCGCAAAAUAGUCAACCUACGCAAUUAAAGAACUCUCAGAGGAGCUUAGGAUCUGGAAGCUCCUGUAAAAACACUUCAAGCACCAAGAGUAAAACAAAAUCCAGUCUCGCGAGUAAAUCUUCAAUUCCUAAGCCCUCUCUUAAGCAAGCUAGAAAAAAUAUGAUCAGCAAAAGAUCAGAAAUUCCUUCAGUAUCCAACUCACAGCAUUCUGUUGUUGGAAAGUCCAGUGUUGGCCCUAUGACUACAUCAAAUGUGGUUAUGCUUGGUCAUGCAUCGACAGACUCUAAUGUAAUUACUCUGGGCACCUCGUUAGCUCAAAGUUCUUGCAAUAAAGUUGGAAACACGCAGCCCGCAGUUUCACGACUGGGAAAACCAUCAGGCUUAAGAGUGCCAAAACCCUCAAUUGGCUAUUUCAGUCAGUCCGACUCUCAACCGUCGCACAGUGCAGGAGACAAACAUAGUCAGCUAGCCAGAUCUGAUAUUUGUUCAGCCUCUCAAUUUUCCUUGAUUCCUACCUUCAAGAAACCCCAAGUUGCUGAAAAGAUGCCCGGUGUCAACUCCAAGGCAGCAACUGGAAACUUCGGCAGUGCAAGUUCAACUGCAAGAUUCUCUGCUCAAUCUAUAUUUCUCAAACCUUCACAAGAAAAGAUGAAAGUGGACUUGAAAAGCACUGAGGAAGUAGAAUCCAAAGCGUUGAGUUAUUCAUGGAGUUCUCAGAUGAAAGAAAACCUGGAGCACCAAUGUUCCGUUCAAGGUGAUACUGGAAACUUAGUUCUGGACGAUACAUCUGAGAAGAUUUCUACUGCAAAGUGUGAAGAAUUCCAUAGUAACAGUGAGAUGUCGCACUCAGGCUGCAAAAAUAAUGUGCAUGGUGGUUAUAAUAGGGAUGAGAAAAGGAAGUCUUGCUGCUCAGAAAAAGAAUACUGUGCUUCACCGCUGAAAGAUUCAAUGGAUUCACCGAUGCAGGGUCCUCCAUGCGAUGAGUUAACACUGUUUAAUAACUACUCACAGUUGAAAGUCAGCAAUCAGGGGGAAGAAGAUAUGUUUUCCACCAAUGAUUUUAGUGGAGAUUUUGAUACCCUGGCUGUACAUGGACAACCUCUAAAUGAAUGCGUGCACCCUGGAAAUGAAGAGGAGAUUAGUCCUUGCCCUUCUGGAGAAAAAGAUGCGUUAAUUGUUUAUUCUACUGAAAAUGUAGCAAAGCAGCCUGAGGUUUUGAAUUCUUUCACUGCAGACCCAACUUUCAAUGGGGAUUUUGAUUCAAUUAAGGGUGAUGUAGAUGAUCCAUCUUCUUCAGUAAAUCAGUUAGGUAACACUGAAUAUGUUUCCCUACCUUUGCGGCCUGCUGAAGCACCAGAUUGUGUUCAAUCACCAUGCAACCAUCUUGAGGAAAAUGCUGUGUCGAACUCUAUUUUGUGUGAUCAUAACAUGGUGUGUAAUGGUCAAGCUGUACUAGAAAUGGAGGUAAGAAGUGAAAAAAGCAAUAUCACAGAGACAAACUGUGAAGCUGAUUUCGUUGGUCCAUUUUCCGAAUGCCAAGACUUGUUUAGAGAAUCUGAAGAACAGCAUUUGUCGAGCCAUUCAAUCUUUGAAAUGAAAGAGGGUGGUCAUGAGAUAGAUGUCUUGACCAGGGACGAAAGAGCUAAUGAGUCUGAUAUGCAGAUAGAAUGCUUUACUGGUUCUUCUGAUGCUGACAACAUGGAACAAGUGCAAUUACUAAUGCCUUCUUCCGUUGAAGUUAGCAAGGAGGUUCAACCUCUGGAAUUAUGUCAUGAGCCCUUCCCUGAGAAAUCAACUUCUGAAAAGCAGAAGCAAUACAGUUGUUCUAGUAGUGGAAUUGCAUCUGAUGUAAAUGUUGGUAGUGUAAUGAAACAAGCUGAUCAACUUGGAACAUUAGUUGGUUGUUCUCCAGAAAAAGAUGCAUCUGCUGCUGUUUUCUCCUGUUCCAAUGAGGAGCUUGAAGAUAAUUCAGAGCUGGAGGAUAUGGAUUUGGUUACAGACUCAGAUUUCUCGGAUGAGGAACUUGAGGAUAAUUUGGAGCGGACAGAGGUGGAUGUGAUUACUAAUUCAGAGCUUAUUAGUCACAUUGAUGAGUUUUCAGUCAAGGGCAUUCUUAAGCAAGAAUUUCCCGUAGUAGAAGAUAUCCAUACUGCAUCAGGCCUGUGUGGAAAAACUAAAAUUCCACUGAGUGAAUCCAUCAGUUCCUCGAAUUCUAUAUCUGGAGAUCCUGAGUGUCUGAAUGAGGGCACAUUUUUUUCCAGAAUACCUGAAGAGAUGUCAAAAGAGGAUUCAAAUUCUGGAAGCAUUGAGCAUAACUAUGUUGUAAAAGCUAAAUUCCAGAUAGAUGCUGAAAAGGAUUUCAGUGCACAGGUUACUGGUCGAAAUUCCAUCCCCCAUGAAGGAGAGGAAGUUAAAGUUGUAAAAAGCUCUCUUGAUCUUGUAGCAUUUGCGCCCAGAGAGGAAGAUUCUGGAACUCCAGUAGCCAUGAAAGAAGCUUUCUCAGUGAGAGAUGAUAUUCAAAUUAACGAGUUCAAUGUACUCAGCGAUGACAUUUUGACAUUAGAAAGCAAGGCAUCAGAAGGCCAGGAUAAGAUGAUACCACUGGAUGCUAAACUUGAGAAGAAACCUGAUCCUAUAACUGUAAAGCCUCCAAAUGCCGUUCCAUUUUCUGACGAGUGGUUAGCUGCAAUUGAAGCUGCUGGGGAGGAAAUCUUAACACUGAAAAGUGGACGUGUGCAACAUUCACCAACAGAGAAAUCUGCUCCUGAACCAGGUCCAUGGUCACCGGUCAAGAAGAAGAGUAAUCAAGUUGUAGGGCCAUUUGACUGUACAAAGUAUAAUAACAAAGGUCUUCCUCCUGCUUUUGACUGAAAAACUAGGUUUCAUCUUCCUUAACCAUUUUCUUAGACCCUUUCAUCACUAGAAAACUUUGUUAAACACACUCAGAUUUUGUAUACUUGAGAAAUAAAAUAUGUAGAAAGCACUUGUUGUUGAGGCAUGAAUCGCUUCCACAA